AUGGCCCACAAUCAAAACCCCGGCAACUUCUCUAACCGCCCACAAGAAGAGGUCGAAAACAUCGCUCGCAUGGGCGGCCAGUCCAGCCACCGUAGUGGCUUCGCCAGCAUGGACACCGAUAAGCAGCACGACAUUGCAUCCAAGGGUGGCCAGACUUCCGGCGGUAGCUUCCAGCCCGGCGAGCAGCGUGCUAAGGAGGCUGGUCGAAAGGGCGGAAAGGCGACGGGGCAGGGACCUGAGGAAUAA